GUACAUUCUGGCUUUGCGCUCUUCUUCAACUCUCUCACUCUUUGUCUACCCUGCUACCAGAGCGCCAAUGGAAGCUCCUCGCCGCAGGAAGGCUUCUGGAAAACACUCAAAUUCCACCCAGGAGCCGUCAAAUCGACUGCCGAUUCCUGACUCAGACAGAAUCGACACAGGUUGGAGCUAACAUUGCUCUUUCACAUGCUCAGACCUGUAUCCUGCCCAUACUCCUUCACAGUAGAGCCUCAGGGAAUCUGUCAAACAAGAUUCCAUGCCACCAGCAGAUCGCUUCGAUAUGGCGACCAGCAUGCUACUCAUGCACUGAUUACCGCUAUCGCACCCGCUCUGUUUAUCGCCCUCAUUUCCCCGCACCAUCUCUGUGAAAGGGCAAAAUAUAUGGAGGUGGCCAUUUUGCCGCACAUUUGUCCCCUCUGCACCACAACCUCAAUAUCACCUCGUUCUGACAAGUCAGUUCUUAUUCGGACAUACUCGCAGGCCAGCCCUCAUGGCUCUCGCCCCUGGGAAGAAACAGGCUCUAGAAACCCAAUCAGAACUUGCGCGCCCCAUCCACAUAACUGGCCCUUCCACCUCUGGUCUUCCAGAAAGUGACUUGGACGUCAAUCGAGAUACAGAAGUCAACCAGGAGGGGCUGCAAAAUGACCCAACGCGGGCGCAAGCGGAGGCUCGUCUCCGUCGCAAAGUUGACCUGCGACUCUGCACUAUCGCCGGGAUUCUCUGCAGUCUGAAUCUACUCGACAGCGGCAUCAUCUCUUCAGCUGCCGUCACAAGCAUGCUUUCUGACCUGGACCUUGUCGGAGAUCGAUAUUCUGUCUCAAUCUUCAUCUUUACCGUCGCCUCUGUGGGCUGUCAGCUACCUGCGACCAUUUUGUUACGUUUCGUUGGACCUCGAUUGUUCUUCUCCUCAAUCACUUGUGCUUUCGGUAUAAUCACCAUGUGCACAGCCGCCAUAACCAGCUGGCAACAGAUGAUAGCCCUGAGAGUCCUCCUCGGUAUUUCUAUGGCGGGUAUCUAUCCAGGGCUCACGUACCUGAUUUCAACUUGGUAUACCCGCCAUGAGCAGCAGCUCCGAUUUGCUCUGUUGCAAUCUGGGGAAAUCAUCAUCCUCGCUACUGGCUCUAUCGUUAACUUUGGCUUGAAUCACCUGGACCAUCAAGAUGGCCUUCGAGGUUGGCAAUGGAUGUAUCUUGUGCAGGGUUCGGUCACUGUCUUUCUCGGACUGAUCACCUAUUUCUGGAUGAUCGACUUUCCAGACCGGUGCGAGAAUUCGUUCCAUUUUCUCACGGAGGAUGAGAAGAGCCUUGCAAUUUCUCGGAUCAACGAAGAUCGGCGCGAUGCUGGAAAACCCGAGCCAUUCAGCUUGGCUGGUAUUCUGGUACAUUUUCUCGACCCGAAGCUAUACGCCUUCUGCGUGUUAUUCUUCCUCCUCAACUUGGUAUCGACAGCGCUCUCGUACUUCUUGCCGAUCAUACUACAGAGCGGAAUGGGCUUCGAUUCCAACCGAGCGAUACUGCUCUCAUCACCGCCAUACUAUUAUGCGGUAAUUCCCGUCCUGGUUUCUUCAUACAUCGGAGACAAGUACAGGGUUCGAGCACCAGUCAUUAUUUUCAAUGCAAUUUGCCUAAUCGUGGGAUUCUGGAUGUUAGGUUUCAGCAGUCAAGUUACAGUGAGAUACAUUGGCACGUUUCUGGCGACUGGCGCGUACAUCUCCAACUGGGCCGCGCUCAACGCUUAUCAAGCCAACAACAUUGUGGGCCAAUGGAAGCGUGCCACAGUGGCGGCAGCCAUUUCUGGUUGCAAUGGUUUGGGCGGCAUAGCCGGCAGCUACAUCGUUCGCCAACCAGAGGCGCCACGAUAUUUGACAGCAAUAUGGGUGAGCAUUGGGAGUCAUAUUAUGAUGAUCGUCCUGGUUUCGGCGUGUACACUGUGGUUCUGGAUCGCCAACCGCAAAUCGAAGACGAAGGGAAAUUUGAUUGAAGGGGUCACGGACUUUCACUAUACCUAUUGAGAUGGGGUUUUAAUGUGCUUCUGUUGGAGAUCAAGUAUCAGCGGUCUGCAAAGCAUAAAGCGUCCUAGAACUAGUUUAUGACGCGUUGAGGGAUUAUUGAUCGAUCCGGGAAACGUGCGAGAUGAUAAAAGGCAAAGGCCACCACAGUGUAAAACAGGUGAUAGAGAAGACCUACUCUGAGAAC